UAGCUUAAUGCGAGCGCACCUGUUCAACUACAGAGAUUCGAUGCAGACCGCAGUUUAUUAGCACGUGUAUUUUGCGCAGCUACAUGACCGAACAGCUGCUAUCUGCUAGGUUUUCGCAGUUGGCCAGAUUUUGUCGGUAGUUCCAUGGCGAAGAAUUGACAUUUUCUAUAUUGUUCGAACGACUCAUGUUGAUUUAGUGAAUACUGUUCGGAUAGUACCAGUUCGGACAAAUCAAUAUCUAUGUAAACAAACUUGAAGAGACACGGCCAAUAUGCAGGUCAUUCUUCAGCUGGAUUAAUUAAAAGACUGAUUCUAAUUUAGUGUUUAACAUACAUGUAUGGCUGGUGAAAUUAUUAGUGUAUAAUAGGUUAUUACACUAAAGUCAUUAUUGGUGUUUAAAUACCCAAUUUUUUAUUUAGAUUAAGACCCAGAUAAACAUCCAACGUAUGGGAUUUGGAAGGUUUUGUAAUGAAGACUGAAGUAGUAGCAGUGGUAAGAAUAAAACAUUGGUAAAAAAGUGAUAAUCAAAGAUUGAUUGUGACAUCUGCAUCAACAAUGGGUGGAUCGACUAGUCAACUGAUUUCUCCUCUUCCAGUGGGGAGAACUGUCAUCAUCACUGGUGGAAAUUCAGGUAUUGGUUACCAGGUUGCCAAGGAGAUGGCCUUCAUGGGGGCAAAGGUGAUCCUGGCUGUACGGACGGAAGAGCGGGGGAAAUCUGCGAUAGCCAAGAUCAAGGCGGACUAUGAGGAGAGAAAGAAGGGAGAUAACACAUACAACAUCAUCGUGAGAGAGGAAAUGGACCUGCAGUAUCACGUGUGCGAUCUCGCCUCUCUCAAGUCUACCAUGCAGUUCAUAGACUGGUUCAAGUCCACCGGACUGGUUUGCCACGUCCUGAUUUGUAACGCCUGUACUUACUCCCUGCAUGAGGUGUUGACCGAAGACAAAUGGGAGUCUACAUACCAGGUGAAUUACCUCGCACACUUCCUGCUGAUAUCCCAGUUCCUGCCGGGGAUCUGCAAGUCGGAGGAAGAGUGUCGUAUCGUGAUCAUCUCAAGUCAGAGCCAUCAUCGCAUCCAUUUUGAUGCUGACUACGCUGCCACCAGCCGUAUGAAGAAAUUUGACGGCUUUAAGACUUACGCAAACUGUAAACUUUUCCAGAUCAUGCUGAUGUACAGUUUGGACAAGAUAUUGGAGCAUCACCCAAAAGUUGACGUCCUGAGCGUUGAUCGAGGCAAACUUGACGCCUUUGCAUUCCAUGGAGAGGGAGAAGAUACUUCUAUUGAGGGAUUCAGCUGCAGACUGGCAUGUCUGAGUUUAUGUGGUAAGAUGAAGGAUGACCACAAUGGCGCUGACACGGUGCUCUAUGCCGCGCUGGACCCACACCUGCAGGGGCUCAGCCGGGGCUACUUCCUGCGACCACAUGACAAGGCGAGAUUUCCAAGCCCACAGGCCAGAAAUAAAGAACUCCAGGACUUCUUAUGGAAGCAGACGAUAGAAAACCUGAGUGAAUACCUGACUGGAGAUGCUCUGAAAGUCCUCGCAGAGAAAUGAAUAUUUGUGCCCAAGUUCUGGCCCUCUAUAAACUCUUGUUAGUUGCUCAUGUGAUGUUUUUGCAAACCAAUAACUACAUCAAUUUUAUACGGUUGUAUAUAUCUAUUAAUUUAAGUACUGUUUAUAAAAUAACAUUUGUGUGAUUUUGUUAACCAUUUACUAUAUAAUGUACAGAUUUAAUUACCUAAUUAAUUGCUUUGUGCACAGGCUAAUCUGGGCCAACACAUUCGCUAAAAAGAGACUUCUUUUCAAAAUAUUAUAAAAUCAGAAAGUCUCAUCCCAGAUUAGCCUGUGUAGCUGUCUACACAGGCUAAUCUGGAAUGAGACUUUGCACACAUGCAUUAAGCCAUCUAUUCACAGAGCCUGGCUCAAAUGUUUAUGGUACACAUGGUGCAGGAUCAUGUGACUUUAUGGGGCUCACAAAUGGAUGUUAAUAGAAGUAAACACACCAGUAAGUGGUG